UAUAAUUGAUUAAGCCAAUAAUUUAUCUGCUCAUCAUCUUUAAAAAAAAAAACCUUUAAACAACCUCUCUGAACAGCAAUAAACUGUGCAUGCAAAAAAAAAUGUCCUUUAUUCCAUCAGGACUGUUGGGAGGGUGACAUCCUUUUUUGUUUUUUGUUUUUUGUUUUUUUGAGGGCUUCACCUGCUCUUUUAAAGCAACACCCCAUACAACCUUAAUCAUAAAUUAGUUACUAAGAGUGGGUGAGUGGGUCAGAGAGAGAGAGAAGGAGAGAUGUGGAUGACUCUGUAUAUUACUCUAUACCUGUCAUUUAACUGUAUAUCUGCAGAUUCAGUCCUCAGAUCAGGUACCUGUCAGCUCCAGGGACGCUUCAAAUUAAAUGGAAUGUACCAGGAUGGAGAUGUUAUACUUGGAGGCCUGUUUCAUGUUCACUUUUUCACAGUGUUCCCAGAGCUGAGCUUCAAAACCGAGCCAGAACCACCAUACUGUGAAAAAUUUAAUGUGGAAAUCUUCCAGCAGGCACAGACCAUGGCUUUUGCAGUGAAUGAGAUUAAUAAAAAUCCAAACCUGCUGCCUAAUGUAACUCUUGGAUAUCAUCUUUAUGACAACUGUGUGAGACUAGAGAUGGCAUUCCGGGCUGCCAUAUCCCUGGCUAGUGGGACAGAGGAGUCCUUCUCCAGCCUAAACUGCACUGGCCCCCCUCCUGUGAUUGGGAUUGUAGGGGAUCCAAGUUCAACUCCUUCCAUUGCGAUUUCCAAUGUUCUUGGGCUGUUUCGAGUACCAAUAGUUAGUCACUAUGCCACCUGCUCCUGUUUGAGUGACAGGAAAAAGCACCCCUCUUUCUUCAGAACAAUCCCCAGUGAUGCCUUCCAGGUGCGGGCUAUGGUUCAGAUCUUGAGGCAUUUUGGAUGGACCUGGGUUGGCCUUGUCUACAGUGAUGAUGAUUAUGGCAUCUACGCUGCUCAGUUAUUUCAGCAGGAAAUGCAGCUAUUUGGAUACUGUGUUGCUUUUUCUGAAAAGAUUCCAAAUGAUAACAACCACAGAGACAUUCAACGUAUAACAAGAGUGAUACAUGCCUCUACAGCUAGAGUGGUGGUUGUUUUUCCCACCUUUCUGCUUCCAUUGAUGGAAGAGGUUGUGUUGCAAAACAUGACUGGCAAGCAGUGGAUUGCAAGUGAAGCUUGGGCCACCUCAUCUGUAUACCAUACUCCACGUUUCCUGCCCUUCCUGGGGGGCACACUGGGCAUUGCUAUUAGACGUGGAGAGAUUGAGGGUUUUCAUGACUUUCUGCUACGUCUCCGCCCCAGUAAUGAUCCAAGAAAUAAUAUAGUGAGGAUUUUCUGGGAGAAGAUGUUCAGUUGUAGUUUUGGAAAUGGGGGAAGAGUAAUAGAUGGAAAGCAAGUGAAAAAGGUGUGUACAGGACAGGAGGAUCUGAGCACCACAAACACACCAUACACUGAUGUUUCAGAGUUGAGACCAGCUUAUAAUGUCUAUAAGGCAGUUUAUGCCCUGGCACAUGCACUUCAUGACCUGAUGCAGUGUGAAGAGGGUAGAGGACCAUUCAGUGGGAAAAGAUGUGCUGACAUAAUCAACCUGAAACCCUGGCAGCUGGUUCACUAUCUCCAGAAAGUGAACUUCACCACAGGCUUUGGGGAUCAAGUGUCAUUUGAUAAGAAUGGAGAUGCUUUGCCUAUCUAUGAUGUGCUAAACUGGCAGCCGAGCUCUGAUGGAUCAAUAAGGACUUACACGGUUGGUGUAGUAAAUAAAGGGCCGGCAACAGAGAUGGUGCUCACACUUGAUGAGGAUGCAAUAUACUGGAACUUUGAGACAAAAAAACACCCAAGGUCAGUGUGCAGUGAGAGCUGCCACCCAGGCACCAGGCAAGCCAGGAGGAAGGGUCUUCCUGUCUGCUGUUUUGACUGCCUGCCCUGCGGAGAUGGAGAGAUUUCCAAUACAACAGAUGCUAUUGAGUGCACUGUGUGUCCAGAUGAGUUCUGGUCCAAUCCAGAUAAGGAUCAGUGUGUCCCCAAAGCAGUAGAGUUUCUGUCCUAUGAGGAACCUCUGGGCAUCUCUCUGACCACUGCUUCUCUGCUUGGCACCUGCAUUUGCACUCUUGUGAUGGUCGUCUUUGCUCAUCACCGUAACACUCCCAUAGUACGCGCCAACAAUUCAGAGCUCAGCUUUCUGCUGCUGUUGUCAUUAAAAAUGUGUUUCCUGUGUGUACUGCUGUUCAUUGGUCAGCCGCAGUUGUGGACGUGUCAGUUAAGACAUGCUGUGUUUGGCAUAAGCUUUGUCCUGUGCAUCUCCAGCAUCCUGGUCAAGACUAUGGUGGUAAUAGCUGUGUUCAAGUCAUCUCGACCAGAGGGCAAAGGAGCAAUGAAAUGGUUUGGAGCAGCUCAACAAAGAUGCACAGUUCUGGUCCUAACAGCCCUCCAGGUUGUGAUAUGUGCAGUCUGGCUAUCAACUGCCUCUCCAACACCACAUAAAAACAACCAGUAUAUCCGCUCAAAAAUGGUGUAUGAAUGUGCUAUUGGCUCAGUAGCUGGUUUUUCUAUGUUGCUGGGAUACAUUGGACUGUUGGCAGCAGUAAGCUUCCUUUUAGCUUUCCUGGCGAGAAAUCUCCCAGACAAUUUUAAUGAAGCAAAGUUCAUCACUUUCAGUAUGUUGAUCUUUUGUGCUGUGUGGAUUGCGUUUGUUCCAGCAUAUGUGAGCUCACCAGGGAAAUAUGCAGUGGCUGUGGAGAUAUUUGCCAUUUUAGCUUCUAGUUUUGGGUUACUGGUAUCCAUAUUUGCUCCAAAGUGCUACAUCAUUCUUCUACAUCCAGAGAGAAACACUAAAAAUGCCAUCAUGGGAAGAGAAACACAAAAGAAGUAGUUUCACAUUAUUAUGAUUUAAAAUUGUGAAUUCAGAUUUUCCACUACUUUAUCAUUUUAGGAUUCACCUCUGUAAACAAUUAAUCAAAAAUAUUGCAAUGCUUGCUGUUUUGUUGUAAUUAUCAUCAUCCAUCUGUUUGCUUUAAAAUAACACUGUUUAUCAAUUUAUUUGUUAUACUGACUUUUAUAUGUUUUGUCUUCUUUGUAGGUUUACCUCCUUUGCAUGUUAAUUUUUCUAAAAUUGUUUGAUUAGAAAAGGAAAUAUAAAAUAAGCAGAAAAGACAGUUUGUCAAAGCCACUUGAUUAUAGAUAUAAGUCAGAAAGUUUCUCACAUGAUAAUGGGCUAGUUGCAUAUAGGCACCACGUUGGAUUUCCGAUCUAGCAAGUGUGUGCAUACCCAGGUGAAAAAAAAGUACAUUUCUAUGAUGUAAAGUGUUCUAUUUUCGUGCACUAAUUUUGUACUUUAUAUUAAAAAUUCUUCUUUAGUACUUCUUAAGAUAAUCUUAAGAACAU